AUGGUAAUAGAGAAUACGGUGAUAACGCCGAUCAGCUGUGCAGACGCGGUAAGGUGGAGGCUGGGCAUCAUCUUCCCUCCCUCUUUCCACCUCUCCGAUGCAGUCCUCAAGUCUCCCCUAUCCUGGAGAGCCAGAUCAACAGACUUCUCCUCAACGGCCCCCGUUGUCUGGAUCUGCAUCGAUGUCUUCACAACAAUCCGGUCGCAGUUCCUCCGCUUCGUCUCGGUCUCAGUCAAGCAAGAACCCGUCGCGACAAAACAACUCCUUGAAACCCUUACACAAUGGUCCCGCAAGCAGGCCUCGGAGAAUGAUGUGUCAGACGUGUAUGUGCGAUUGGGUUAUGAGUUCAACCUGGCAUGUAGAGCCUUCAGUGCAAUCGGCGUCGAUACCUCCGACCUGGGCCCUGUGCCUGACCUCCUCCGAACCAUCCUUGAAGAUACCCUCAGCCAAGACGCCUCCUCACAAAGCCUCGAUCGAUACCUGCCCCGAAUCCGCGAUAUCAUAAUCAACCUGCUUCACGGGCUUAAGAAGAAGCAGGCUCGCUUACGCUCACGGCAGCAACGCGAUGACGGCAGGCCUUCAACCGGGCGACAGGCCAGUGCGGGAAGCAUCACCAGCGGACAGGUCAUCGGCCAGCUGUAUGAUGAAGCCGCAGCCUCUACGAUGCCAUCAACGGCCCAGUCUCCUAAACGAUCCAACCGAAGAUUUGGCAGCGGUGGCUCUCUGGAGGACCAACCGGCCAUCAAUCGAACCUCUUCGGCACCAUCGGCGAGUGACACACGGGGCAAUAGCUUCACCGAAAGAGAGACCUCUCGGCGAGAGGCGCAGCAAAUGCUCUCUCAACCUUCCUCUACGGAGGGUGACACAACCCCUCGGCCCGCCAACAACCAACCCCCUACCUAUACAACCCCGACUGGAUUCCCUGCACCUCCGCCCCCACCACCACCACCACCCAAAGAGGAUGAUGCACUGGGAGCAUUGCAGCGUAGCGGCGAACUCGAACGACGUGCAUCUCGUCGAUUCUCCGCAUACCAGAUCCAGAAACACUUGGGUACCUCCACCAACGGUGUCCCCGUCCUCCCUACCCAAAAUUCUCCUAUCCCUAACCGGGGUCGUGAUGUCCGUGAAUCGCUCAAUGCAGUUCGCCUUCGAGGCUCCUAUACUCACACAAGACAACGAUCCAACAACCGUCUCCAGGAAGCCGCCAAGGGCACACAGCCUCAGACACCUGCCAAGAUCCCGGAUGUAGUCCAGGAAGAAUCGACGCCACCAUCUACAGAGAAGGCCCCAGAGCCAACUGUUGAGAUUGCCCCAGAAGCGCCUGAGAAGGAUGAUUCUGGGAGCAAACACGACUCCGGAGAAUCAGUUAUUGUUCCGCCUCCGAUUAUCCCCCAGGCUCAGGAGAAGUCACUCGAGGAAGCCUUUGAGCCUGCAAAGCCAGCACCGCAGACUCCCAAGGCUGAUAUAUUUGGACCAUCCCAGAUUGCCACACCUCCUUCGGCUGCUCCAUACCCCACUGAACAGCCUUCACCGGGCAAAGAGCUGACAUUGUUCCUGCAAUACAAGAGCAAAAUCAAGAAGUAUGUCCUUCCGGAUGGUAUCGCAGAACUUACAAUUGGACGUCUCCAACUUGCAUUCAUUGAAAAAUUUGCAUGGAACACACACGACAACGGUGUCGAUCUGCCUGAAAUAUACAUUCAAGACCCAAUCUCAGGUAUUCGCCACGAAUUGGAGGAUCUAAAUGAUGUGAAGGACCGAUCCGUUUUGGUUCUGAAUGUGGAUAACCUGGAUGAGGUGAAGAAACACUUCGACGACAGCCUUGGAAGCGUGCGUCUUCUCGUCGAAGGCGUCAAGGAAGCACUCUCCGGUCAAGGAAAUGCCAUUCAGCGAGUAUCAGAACGCCAGAUUGAGACUGCCAAAGAAAUGGCUCGUUUGGCUGCUGCUCCUCCCAAAGCUGCUCCUGGCUCAAAUGCAGUGGUUGCUGGAGGUGGUAGCCAACUCGCAGAACUACAAAGCCUACGCCGUGACCUGGCUGUUUUGCGACAGACCUACUCAAACUUCACCGCAGAUAUCAACAGCUCGAUGAGCGCCGUUCGUACAAAGGCAGGCAAGGUUAAGAGUGCUGCUGAAGACGUCACCAUUCCCUCAUACGAAGGCGACGCUGGUCGCGCUCGCGUCAACACUGGCAAGAAGGAGCUUGCGGGUGAAUCAGAGCGGUUGGUUGCCCGUGUCGAUGAUCUUCAAGACUUGGUUGAGGAUCUCCGGAAGGAUGUGGUCACCCGUGGUGUCCGCCCUCUUCCCAGACAACUGGAGGGUGUCAGCCGCGAUAUCAGCCUAGUCAUGAAGGAGAUCAAGAAAAUGCAAGACUUCUUAGGUCGCGAGAAGCCCAUUUGGACCAAGAUUUGGGAGAAGGAGUUGCAGUUGGUCUGCGAGGAGCGAGAUCAGCUUACCAUGCAGGAAGACCUGGCUGCCGAUCUACAGGAUGAUCUCGAAAAGGCCACUCAGACCUUUGCAUUGGUCGAGCAAGCUACCAAGGAGCAAGUCAUGUCCAACGGAACAGGCGGUGGUGCUACCCGUGCUCCAUCUCGGAGUCUCGGAAUUGAUCCCACUGUCGACCCAAUGAAGGCCAAGGAUGGCGUUCUUGGUGAAGUCCGUGCCUUGCAGCCCAACCAUGAAAGCCGAAUUGAGGCGAUCGAGCGCGCCGAGAAAGCUAGGGCGAAGGAGCUUGAGACGCGACGAAUUGGCCUGUUCCAGAAGGAACUCGGGGCCUUUGUUGAAGAAGGGAAGUUGAAGAAGAGUGGCGGCUUCGAAGAGACUGAGCGUCUUCGCACUGCCAAGGAUGAUCGCAUCAGAAAGGAAGUUUGGGAGAGACAGCAAGCACGUAAUAUUGAGAUGGCGAGAUUGGAGGCAGAGGCCAUCGCUGCCCAGGCUGGACAGAAUACUGAGGCCAAGGAAGAGGGUGAGGGUGAUGAUGAUGGUGAUACUCAGGAGUCGGGUGAGCCCGAAAAGGCAGUCGACGACGAAGACGCCACAGAGCCAACGAAGGAGGAAUCAACGAGCGAUGAAAAGCCACUACCCGCCGAGCCUGAAGAAAAGAAAGAUGACUCUGACGAUCCUCCGUCUUCCCCCGCCUUGGUAUAG